AUGGGCGAGCUAGAUCAAUUGCGUCAGGAAACUGAGCAACUUAAGAGUCAAAUCAGAGAAGCACGGAGAGUUGCUGCUGAUAUUACUUUGCAACAAGCAACUGCGGAUGUGGAGUAUAUUAACCGUACUCAACUGCGAAGCAGGAGGACUUUGCGGGGCCACCUGGCAAAAAUAUAUGCCAUGCAUUGGUGUUCGGAUUCGCGUAAUCUAGUAUCAGCUUCGCAAGAUGGAAAAUUAAUUGUAUGGGAUGGAUAUACUACCAACAAGGUUCAUGCUAUUCCUCUGAGAAGCAGCUGGGUUAUGACAUGCGCAUACUCACCCUCGGGUAAUUAUGUAGCAUGUGGCGGUUUGGACAACAUAUGUUCAAUAUAUAGCCUAAAAACACGUGAAGGCAAUGUUCGGGUUAGUCGGGAGCUUCCUGGCCACACUGGUUAUCUGUCUUGUUGCCGUUUUGUGAAUGAUAGCCAGAUAGUUACCACAUCAGGUGAUGGGACUUGUGCACUUUGGGAUAUUGAAACUGGACAACAGAUUGCUUCUUUUACCGGACACACAGGAGAUGUGAUGAGCUUAAGUCUUGCACCAAAUCUCCAGACAUUUAUUUCGGGUGCAUGUGAUGCUUCUGCAAAGUUAUGGGAUUUACGAGAUGGUCAGUGUAAGCAAACAUUUUCUGGACAUGAAUCUGAUAUCAAUGCUAUCAACUACUUUCCAAAUGGCAUGGCUUUUGCAACAGGUAGUGAUGAUGCUACAUGUCGCCUAUUCGAUAUACGAUCUGAUCAAGAAGUUGGAAUGUAUAGUCAUGAUAAUAUUAUCUGUGGAAUUACAAGUGUAGCUUUCAGCAGAAGUGGUCGACUUCUUCUCGGUGGAUAUGAUGAUUUUAAUUGCAAUAUUUGGGAUACAUUAAAACAAGAACGCUGUGGUGUUCUAGCUGGUCAUGACAACCGGGUGUCUUGCUUAGGUGUUACUGAAGAUGGUAUGGCAGUAUGCACUGGAUCAUGGGAUAGCUUCCUAAGAAUUUGGAAUUAAAACAAAAACAACAGCAAAAACAACAAAAAGAAGCUAACUUCCUCAUGUAUCGUAUGUGUUGCUGACCGUCGCCAACGCCAACACCGCCGCUGCCGCUGCCGCCAAUAUUUCGCAGAACAAAAAGCAACUAAAAUCAUCUGCAAUUUCGACAUCGUUUACUUUUUAUUUAUUUCUCGUACAUCAAAUUUGAAUUUUUGCCUAAUGUUAUUAUUACUGUUAUUAUUUUCUGUUUUGAAUUUCACGCCACCAACAGCUGCUUCUCUUUAUAUUCUUAUGCAAAAUUUAGGGUAACUAAAUAAUUUUAUGAGAAUGUCCAUAUACAUAUAUAUAAUCGAUCAUUCACUGUUGAGAAGAUGAAUACUCGCUUUAUAUAUGAAUCUUUUUUCGUUCCAGUGACUUCUCCUACUUAAAAGUCUAAGCAUUUCUGUGCUUCUGCAGACUGACUUUCUUAUUAUUAUAUAUGCCAGUGUCUUUUAUAAUAACAACUACAACAACAACACAACCCUAUGAUGAUUUGUAUGAUUUCUCUAUUUUUUUGUCUAAUUUGAGGUUUUGUUGUGUGUGUUUGUAAUGUGUUGUGUUGUCUCUUUUGUUUGUGAGUAGUAAAAUUAGGUGUGUAUUUCUUGCGAAAAUUUCUACUUUUGCGCCUAACAUAUGCUGCUUAUUAUUAUUAUCAUCAUUAUUUUUGGUGCGUAUGUUCUGAUUUUUAAAUCAUUGUUUCGCGAUUUACGGGGAAAGGGGGAAUGAUUAAUUCUGCUUCUCUCUUUACAUACGGUCUCUCCUGCUUGUGUCUCCUCCUACACCCCUCCUCUCGUAUGUGUGUAAAGCUGAUUUUUAAAUGCGUUUUGCAUGUUUAUUAUUAUUAUUAUUUUUUCGUUGUCUGGCUUUUUGUAUAUUCAUGAAACUAGUCAUUUCUUAUUUGGCAUUCACAGAUAUGAACAUUAUAUAUAUCUAUCUAUCUAUGUAUAUCGCUUCAGACUAUAAUUUGCCUUUAUGUUUCAAUGUUUCUUUUAUUUUAAUCAUUAUUGUCUUAGGAAUACAAUUGGGGUUUCCCGUCGGUGG